AUGUGGCAGCCCCAGUAUGUCACUGCCCAGCAGCGGGCCGGCUUCCGCCGAUACCAGUACAGUGCUGUGGACACAAACCCGUUAUCAGUCUAUGUUAUGCAGCCCCUCUGGAACAGAAUUGUAAAGAUAGUGCCUCUGUGGAUUGCUCCUAACUUGUUAACCUUCUCUGGAUUUCUGAUGAUUUUAAUUAAUUAUUUUCUGUUAUCUUUUUAUGACUGGGACUACACUGCAUCAGGUGCCAGUCCUGGAAUUGUUCCAACAUGGGUAUGGCUGUUUGGUGCUUGUACCACCUUUUGUGCUUAUGCUUUAGACUCUAUAGAUGGGAAGCAUGCUCGAAGGACUCAGUCCAGUAGCCCUUUGGGGGAGUUAUUUGACCAUGGGCUAGAUAGCUGGGCUACCUCCAUCUUCAUCCUCUCUUAUUUUUCUAUCUGCUCACGUGAUAAUGGAAAGACUGGGAUUUCUGUACACACAAUGUAUAUAUCUUUAAGCAUUGUCUUGCUUAACUUUAUGUUUUCACAUUGGGAAAAAUAUAACACAGGAGUUCUCUUUCUUCCUUGGGGAUAUGAUCUAAGCCAAGUGACAUUAAUAGCAAUGUAUCUGGUGACUGCUGCUGUUGGGGUAGAAGUCUGGCACAAACCUUUCCUAUUUGGUUAUUACAUUACAGAUAUAUUAGUAAUCUUGCUGAUAGGUUGCAGUAUAUUUCUUUCACUUCCACAGACACUGUACAACAUUCAUAAAGCACACUUAAAGAAAACACUGAAGAAAGAUUCUUUGUAUGAGGGACUUCUUCCUCUGGUAUCUCCUGUGCUGCUGUUUGCUCUCCUUACUAUCUGGGUGAUUUUAUCACCGUGUGAUAUUUUAGCAAAACAAACCAGGCUCUUUUUAUGGAUGGUUGGUGUUGUUUUCUCAAAUGUUACUUGCAGAGUGAUAAUUUGCCAGAUGAGCGACACCAGAUCUGAAGCUUUCCACUGGCUCCUGUUUCCAUUAGCUCUUGUGAUCUACGCAGCGGUAACAGGGCUCCUGGGCAAGAAUGAGGAAAUGGCACUUACCAUAUUCACUAUGUUAGCCACAGCUGCUCACGUACACUAUGGAGUUUGGGUGGGGAGACAGCUGAGUAAGCAUUUCAACAUUUACAUCUUUUCGUUGAAGAAACACAUUCAAGCAUGAACCUCUUUGCUGCGACUAGAGCAUAAACCUUACCAUGGAGCUUCUCAUCUGUGUUUCUGUGAUAAAAAUAGUGGUGCUUUGUUGA